GGAAAGACAGCCCACCCGAUCCGAUGGAUUUGGUCUGAUUUGAUUUCGUCUGAUUUGAUCUGAUCUGGUUCGGCUCAGGGAGACCGCGCACCGGGACCGCGAUCCGGCUUCGUUUUUCCCUGUCGCUUUUGUCGCUGUUGUUGCUUUUGCUGCUCUGAUUGCCAUCAUUGCCAUCGUCGCCCCUCUUCCGCCUCAACCCCAUCGGGCCUGGGUGCUGCUGCCUCCUCUUCCCCGCCGCCAUCAUGUUCCCGCCCUCGAUUCGCACCAACCGCCGCUUGGCCGUCCAUGCCUUUGCAAGACUGUACUCCACAGCGACCAGCGCACACCCGAUCAAAGUCGCCAUCAUUGGCAGCGGCCCAGCGGGAUUCUAUACGGCACACAAUCUGCUCAAGAACGAGCGUGUUCAAGUCGACAUGUACGAAUCGCUUCCGGUGCCGUUUGGUCUCGUUCGGUUCGGCGUUGCGCCCGAUCAUCCCGAAGUCAAGAACGUCAUCAACAAGUUUGAAACCAUCGGCGCCAACGACCGGUUCCAGUUUUACGGCAAUAUCCGUGUCGGCGACUCGGUCCCGCUUCAGGCCAUCCAGAGCAACUACCACUACACCGUGCUCUCCUACGGCGCAAGCGAGGACCGGCAUCUCGGCAUCGACAACGAGGAUAGUCUGCAGGGCAUUCACUCGGCCAGAUCCUUUGUGGGCUGGUACAACGGCCACCCAGAUUUCAAGGACCUGGCGCCCAACCUCGACACCGAAACAGCGAUUGUGGUCGGCCAGGGCAAUGUGGCGUUGGAUGUUGCCCGCAUUCUCCUGUCGCCGAUAGAGGAGCUCGAAAAGACCGACAUAUGCGAGCAUGCGCUGGAGGCUCUGCGUAAGAGCAGCGUGAAGCAUGUCCAUAUUGUGGGCCGCCGAGGGCCGCUGCAGAUCGCCUUCACCUCCAAGGAGCUGCGAGAGAUCAUGGGCAUGCCCAACACCCGCUUCAUCAUCGAUCGUGACUAUGUCGAAAAAACCGUGAGCGAGCACAAGGCUGCCCUGACCAAGGACCGGCCUCGCAAACGGCUGCUGGAGAUCCUGGUCAAGCCGCAGGAGCCUGCCGAUUCGCCUCGGCCCAAGACACUGACCGUCCACUUCCUCAAAACCCCGCGAGCAGCCGUGCCGGACUCAUCCGGGGCCAGGCUUGCGGCGGUCAAGUUUGAAGACAAUGAACUGCGGGACGACGCCGUUGCUGUCGGGACUGGGUCCUUCACCGAGAUCCCGGCCGGCCUGCUGUUCCGCAGCGUUGGGUACAAAGGCACCGGGAUUCCUGGGCUGCACUUUGACUCUCGCCGGGGGGUCGUUCCGAACAACAAAGGCCGGGCCCUGGAUAGCCAGGGAAAGAUUAUCCCACGGCUCUAUGUCGCCGGCUGGCUGAAACGGGGGCCGACCGGAGUUAUCGCCACAACCAUGCACGACGCCAACGAAACCUCGACCAUGGUCCUGGAGGACAUUCACCAGGAUCUCGAGGCCAAGGAGGAUGCCCUUGCGUCUGUUUCGGGAGCCGCAGGGGUGCUGGGCACGAGUGCAGCAAAGGCUGUCGACGCCGUUUCGUUUUCCGAAUGGAAGGCCAUCGACGCCUACGAAAGGGAGCAGGGACAGAAACUCGGCAAGCCGCGGGAGAAGAUCGUCAGCACCGAGGAGAUGCUCAGGCUGGUGCACGAGGCGAGGGCUGCCAAAGCAUAGAUCCGGCUGGUUGUGGGCCGUCCAUCAUGCCGCGAGGCAGAUGCGGAGUCCAGCUUCACCAUGUCGAUGUGAACGAGAUGUCUUGUUAUCAAGGAGCGUGGUCGCUCUCUUCCUGGAUACUGAAUACACCUGUCUCUCGUGCGUCUGAAA